AUGCCUGAAGAUGGGGCAGUCGAUUUGCACUACUCGUACGAAAGUACGGGAGUGCGAAUCAAAGGAGGAAAUUUCGCGAUAACGAAGUUGAAGAGAGAAAUAAGAAUAUUUGAAGAUAAUGCGCACACUUUUUUGGACAUUUUCUUUGAAAAAAUUCCUGGACUUACCUUUUCUGGACCUUUUGACCCAGACCCGAAUGGAAUGGACCAGCAGCAGAAAUUUAUUCUGCCUUUUUCAAAUGAUAAAAGCUUGACUUAUUUUUGUGCGAAGUAUUAUGACAUACAAGAAGAUGGACGUCAACUGCUUCAACAAAUUGAAACCAAACUCAAGAAAAAAGAAGAAGCGCGGGAAGAGUACAAUAAAGCAGUACAAACUGGUGAUUCUGGCGCUCUCCUGACCUCAUCAUUUCGCGGCGAUGAGUAUACUAUCGAAAUGGGCAAUAAACCAGAAGCUACUAAGUUAAUUAAUGUGCACUUUAAAUAUUCCGAGCCGCUGAAGGGCGACGCCAAUGGUAAUGGUGAUCGCGUUCAUGCUCUCUUUGUUCCAAGGCAUAGGAAGAAAAGAUUCAGGGCUGGUGAAGAAGAGGAAGAUGCAAUGGAAGUCGAUCUUGGUAAUUCAAAUACUUCAUCGUGGAUCGACGAAAUUGAAAUUAUUGAACCACAUGGAGAAUCCGCCAAUACAGCAAGCGACUCAAGCUUUGGAAUUGCCGAAAUUUUUCUAACUGAUGAAACCUGGGAAAUGGACUAUCAAAAGGGUGCAGAAGUUCCAGAAGGAAGAAAGUGGAAACUUUAUGAGAAGCUCAAUUCCAAUCAAACUGCAAAUCGGAUUAUUGAAGGACCAAAUGGCCCGAUAAUUAAGGAAGAUAUGCGGCAUAUGCCGAUUAUUGCUCCGACAACCGAUAGACCGAAAACUGAUCUUGAAAUUCAAAUCAAGUCAAGAGGCAUUUUUAACCCGAAAAUAACAGUUGAGUCGAUUGAGAGACCAAAUGAAAGCGAAACAGGCUGUGAGGACUUUCAUAACGCAGACGCUAUUGUCAGUGUUGAAAUUUCCGAGAAAAAUAUACGAGAACAGCUUGGUCUUGAGGAAAGCGAUGAUGACUCCGACGCGCCGAUGGAGUAUAUUUUCCUCCUUGAUUGCAGUGGCUCAAUGAGUGGUAACUACAUGGAAUCGACAAGAAAGACAUUGCAGUUGAUGAUCCGAUCGCUCGACCACGGCUCAAAGGUGAUCUUUUGCCGAUUUGGAUCGAGACAUGUUUUCGAACCUAGGCAAGAAGGUGAAGGGGAAGAUAACUCAGACGAUGAUGAUUAUUACUACAGCUACCGCGAGCGAAGACAAUCUAGGCAACCUCGUGUGAUGCGGACUCCGAGAUGGAUUGUGAAAGAUGAAGAUGAUGACGAACAAUUAGAGGGUCUUCAACAAUGGAUCGACAGAGAAAUGAGGGCGAAUCUCGGAGGAACAGACAUUCAUGGCCCUCUUAUGGACAUUCUUACUCUUGAGCAACCGCCAGAUGUCUACAGAAACAUCAUCGUCAUGACAGAUGGUGCCAUCACAAACACCAACGAUGUCAUCAAAAUUGUCAAAGACAGCACAAUAAAAUUCGAGAACAAGCUUCGAUUCUUCUCACUUGGAAUUGGGUCCGGAGCAUCGAAAAGCUUGUGCGAAGGAAUCGCCAAGAAUGGACUUGGUUCUGCAGUUUAUGUUUUGGGAAAAGAUCGAAUUCAGGCGAAAACAAUGCAGAUUUUGGAAAAUGCUUCUAGACCAGCGAUACAUCUUCAACGAAUUAUACUUCCAGCAAAUCUUCAGCUCGUUGGCUAUUCUCAAAAUCCUCAAGAACUGAACAUGCCAAUUUAUGGCUUCAAAAGAUUUUAUUUAUGUUUAAAAUCGACCGGUCCUAACUCAGCUCUUUUUGACAACAUUGAUCAAAUCCGCUUUGUGAUAAAUGGACAGCUUUGCAAACUUAAUUGCGAAAUAUCUCGCUGGAGCAACGCGCAUAUCAAGCUCAAAUCCUUCUGGGCGAAGCAAGAGAUCGACUUUUUGGAAGACUCAACUUCAUAUCAACAAGAAUUCGACCGUCAGGAAGUUCAAACGAGACUUUCAAUUUUUGGGAAAACUUUGUGCGACUACACUGCUUUCGUCGGCGUUGUUGAAAACGAGGAAGGAAAAGUUAUUAGAAGCACAGUCACUCCUAUUCAAGGACUCCAUCAUGGUGGAAUGAAUGUAUCACGCGGGCCAGGGUAUAUGGCAGCAGGCGGAGGGUUUGCUUUCCCUCCUCCUCCCGCUGCUGGAGGAAUGAUGCCUGCAAGGGAGCGAAGAGCGCCACCAUUUAUGAUGGGUGGUCCUCCUGCUGCUGGUGGAAUCGGUGGGGCCAGGAAAAAGGGGAGAAGAGCAACGCCGUCCAAAGCUGCAGAAAUCACUGAGAAGCCGGAUGCUGAUUCCCGGUCCGAUGAGUUGAUUAAUUAUUCCCGAGGAAAUGGACUCUGGAAAGCCACAAAAAAAACAGAGAUUUUGAAAUGCUUGGAAGCUUAUCACAAGAAUUUUACCAAGGCUUUCGAGCACCUUGAACAGAAGAUUCAGUCAGUUGAAUUCGCUCUUACGAUUCUUGCACUUGCUGCGUUGAAAAAAUACGAAGCUGGCAAAUCAAGUGAGUGGAACAAGAUCUUCACAAAAGCGCAGAAAAAACUUCGGGCGAAGCAAAUCAAUGUCGAAGACGAAAUCCAAUCAAUUAUUGCUGAUCUCUUAUAA